AUGCCUUCCGUCGCUACCGCCCUGCGAGUGCGCCUUGCCGAUUGCGGAGAAAAGGUCCCCGUAGUCACGGGCUUCUUUGGAAAUGUUCCCGGAAGCCUCAUCGAUGGAGACAUUGGCCGUGGCUACACGGAUCUGUGCUCCGCCCUGUGCGCUGUUGCCAUCAAAGCUGAUGAACUCCAAGUGUGGAAAGAAGUCGACGGCAUCUUCACCGCCGACCCUUCCAAGGUCCCCACCGCGCGGCUUCUCCACAGCAUCACGCCCUCCGAAGCGGCUGAGCUCACCUUUUAUGGCUCCGAGAAUGUAAAGAACCCUAGGGGCAGUGGAACCAUUGUGCUGCCGGAUAAAGUUCAGUCAGCAGGACAGCCAAUCCAGCAGGUCAACGGCUACAAGCCUCCACCACCUUCCAAGGGCAAUACCCCCAAGCGACCCACUGCGGUCACCAUCAAGGACAAAAUCUCCGUCAUCAACGUUCACUCUAACAAGAGGUCCCUCUCUCACGGCUUCUUCGCUCGGGUCUUUUCCAUACUACACGCCCGCCGCGUCUCCGUCGACCUCAUCUCCACGAGUGAAGUGCACGUUUCUAUGGCCAUCCACUCUCCCAGCAGCGAGAGCAAGAUUCUCAGGCAAGCGGCAGAGGAGCUAGGAGAGUGCGGUGACGUUAGCGUUCUUCACAACAUGACCAUCCUUAGCCUUGUCGGCGCUGAUAUGAAGGACAUGGUCGGCAUCGCGGGCAAGAUGUUUUCCACUCUUGGUGACCACAACGUGAACAUUGAGAUGAUCUCCCAAGGUGCGAGUGAGAUCAACAUUUCAUGCGUCAUCGAGGCAAAGGAUGCUACUCGGGCGAUGAACAUCCUUCAUACUCACCUUUUUACCUUCCUUGAGUAA